UUCCUGUCGUUUUGAAGUUGAGAAUGACCCAGCUUGCUUUUUGAAUGCUGAUAAUGAAAAUUGGUUUAGGAAAAUGGGAGCAACUUCCUCAAGUGGGACAGGGCCUUUAUAUGCAUUUGACGGAUAUUACUAUUUUUAUUUCGAAGCAACCCGUCGUACAGCUGGGGAAUCUUAUUACAUCUAUGAUAACAAUAUUAGAUUUGAGAACAAGACCUAUUGCCUCAGCCUGGCGUAUCACAUGUAUGGAAUCGGCAUGGGGACAUUUGUAAUCAGUACCUCCAGUAAAGCCCUCGGAUAUAAGCAACACUUUUCCGUCACUGGAAAUCAAGGGGAAAAAUGGCAUAAUAUUGACGUCAAUCUACCUCUUAAUAAAGACACUUGGAUUUAUAUUGUGGCAAUCAGAGGAAAAACGUACAUGAAUGACAUUGCAAUCGAUGACGUCAUUCUCAUGCCAUCCCCUUGUUCACCAUGACUUUAUAAAAGAGAAAGAACGAUUGAACAAUUUAGAUUAUAAUCAAAUGAUUUAUAUGACUAGAUAAUAUGUAUGGAGUCCUUUCAAAUAAAUAUUUUUUGUAAAGUAAAUUUUCAAGUUAAUGAAUAAUUUCUAACAUUGCCUUCAUAGUACAUUUACCG